UAUGUUCUGUGGUGACUGCUUGGUGUGAGAGGCUUCAAAAAAACAAGUCUCCCUACUGAAAUAGGCUCUGGAUAGUUUAUUCUCAAAUGAAGAGGAAAUGUUUCGAUCUCCAGGAUCUUCUUCAGGCGAAGAAAUGGAGUGAGAGAAACAGACAGGAAAGGCAGGAGAGAGAGAGAGAGAGAGGAUGACAGGCAGCAAAGGAGCAAAUCUGAGGCAGCUGCGGUAAGGAGGCGCCUGGCAGUCCCUCUCAGCUGUACCUGUGAGUCGCCCCACCUGUCCAACCUGCUCUGCACCGUCUCUGUUACUAAGACACACCUCCGCAGCUGCCCCACCACUCCCUGACACAAGCCCCGCCUGCUGCAGCGGAGCAACCUGGAUACACUCAGCAUGUCUUGUUCAAACAAGCCAGCUUUCUAUUAACUCAGAUAGGGAAGGGUAGUGAAGGGCGGAAAAGUGGCGACUGGCAUUCAUGUGUCAAAACAUUUUUUGCAGCCAUUUUAUUUCCUGAAGCCUGAGUAUCUGAGGGGCAGGCUGGUUUGUGGUGUGAGUCAGUGUCAUCUUACAUCCUGCAACAGCAACGGUCUGAGAGUGCUGAGGACACGGCAGUAAACUGAGGGGCUGCAACACUGAAUGGACAGAAUAUGGGGUCAGAUGAGGCCUACAACUUUGUCUUUAAGGUGGUUCUAAUAGGAGAAUCUGGUGUAGGAAAGAGCAAUCUGCUGUCCCGCUUCACCAAAAACGAGUUCAACCAUGACAGUCGCACAACCAUUGGAGUGGAGUUCAGCACGCGGACAGUGCAGCUCAACAGCUUUACCAUCAAGGCCCAGAUCUGGGACACAGCGGGGCUGGAGCGAUACAGGGCCAUCACUUCUGCGUAUUACAGAGGUGCUGUUGGUGCCCUGCUGGUCUAUGACAUCACCAAACACCUGACCUAUGAGAGUGUGGAGACCUGGCUGAAGGAGCUGUACGACCACGCCGAUCCUAACAUUGUGGUCAUGCUGGUGGGCAACAAGACUGACCUGGAGUCAGAGAGGUCUGUGCCCAGCGAGGAGGCGAAAGACUACGCAGAAAAGCAUGGUCUUUUGUUUCUGGAGACGUCUGCUUUGGAGUCGACUAAUGUGGAGGCAGCAUUCAACAAUGUCCUAGCAGAAAUUCACAGGAAGGCGAGCAGUAAGGAAGUGGUUCGGGGCUCCAUCAGUGCUAUUAACUUGAACAGCUCCAGAGCAGAAAACACAGAGGAGUCAAAGCCCUGCUGCAGGAACAUCUGAUCACAAGGUUCUUCAGGAGCCCAGGGGCCUCAGGGUGGGUGACCUUCAACCACGACCCUGUGAAAGAGCUCAAUAAGAGGCAGGUGACAUGGCAACCGUGGGUGCUUGGUCUUGGCUUAAAUGCACAAUAUGUAAUUUUCUGCUGCUGCAAAAACAAAAGACACAGUUUAGUGAAGUUGUGAAGUAGCGUGGAAACAUGGGAGUUGUUGUUGCAGUCACCUUCUCUCGAUUAGGAUUUCUUCAGCGCUCACUGUUCAGGAGGUUUUUAUCGUGAGCCGAAUUAUCGGCAGAGGUCUCCUCCUCCCCGUAACAAAUGGACCCACUGAUUAAACCAGUAAAAACACAGAAUAAAGCAGUUUCUCAUUAAAAAUUGAUGUUUCUCCAAUGCUGUUUGGCGGACACAGGAAGUGCUGCAAGCCGAGCUGUUGCUAACAUUUGCUGAGCUUGUUUCUCUGAUAAUUUAAGAUCCAGACAUCUGAUGACUAAAAGCUUUCAUCUGCUUAAUAUAUAGGGUUAAAAUAGACCAAGUUCUAAAAAGUGUAUCAUAAAAAUGUGGUUUUAAACUGCAUAAGAAGUCAGUUUAUGACAGCUUCUGGCAAACAACAGCAAUACAACCAUUACCUUCAUUAAAAUGAAAUUUUUUUUAGGUUUGAGAAUUGCUGAAAACAUAUUGGACAUCUUAACACGGAAAGUUACAUAUUCUACCUUUAAGUGAUGCCUCACUGAAAAUGACUGAUUUACAAGUUGUACAAGCUGCAUGACGGCAUGAUGAUAAAAGAUGAUUUAUUCAUGUGAAUGAAUGUAGCUGGAGACCAACAUCAAUCUUUUAAGAGUCCCUGCUGACUAUUGAACUUAGGUCAAAAAGUAAAACACUUAAUCGUGUUACCUGUAAGAAGAUGUAUUUAUAAUCCCUGCACAGAACUAGAUGCAUCGCGGCAUGUGUAAAUGUUUGUUGUUGUGUUU